AUGGAUGAUGCCAAAAAAUACCUUUCAGACCGACUCUUGAGUGAGGAAGUGCCGAGUCAGAAUGCUUCCAAAGCGGAUUCGAUCCAUGCUACCUACUUAAUCUAUGGCUCCAAAACGGAACAUAAGCAGCCAGAGACUGGCGAUACCGAUAUGGACAACUCAGUACCAGAGCCUGAGCCUCUUUCUGAUUAUGCGCCUACCAAAACAGUGACAAUAGUGGCUGAAGAGAAUCUCAAAGAUGCGCUGGCUGAAUAUGAAGAAGUCACUUCUUUCCACAUCUACAGUCUAGCUCCCUUUCCUCAAAGAGAUCUAGCACUACUAUCCGAUGUGUCAAAGUCGCUAUCUGACUACAGGAAGAUUGAGGAUGCAGCAAAGACGCUGGACACUUAUGGAAUAAUUGCCAAUCCUCAAGCACGCAGAAAAGACCGAAAGGGGCGCCCACCCGUUCCAGCCUCUACUCCAAGCGCUUCAGCGCCCAAGAAAGUCAAGCAAGAGGCGCCGCCAACUCUUUCAAAGCCCAGUCAACCAGAAAAGGUCAAGCAAGAGAGCAAAGAAGUAUCGUCCGCUGAGGCAACUCCGUCAUCCAGUGCUGGGAAGAAGCCUCCUGCGGCACUAAAGCGAGGUGCCUCUGGAGGUGCCACUGGAGGUAUCAUGCAGUCCUUUGCCAAGGCAGCAGCAAAACCUCCCAAGCCGAAGCCCGAGCCUAAACCCAAGGAAGAAGACACCAGCAUGGCUUUAUCUGAUGAUGGCGAAGCCGACGACGAAGACCUACCCACUUCGAAGUCUAUAGACCUGGAGGCCCUAAAACGAACAAGAAAGCAACGUGAAGAGGAGCUUAUGCGCAUGAUGGAGGAUGCUGACGACGAUAUAAAGGAGGAAGCUAAGAAGGAAGACGAGCAAUCAGACGAAGAAAUGGAAGAGGCCUCUGAGGCGGAGCCUGAACCCGAACCCGAACCCGAACAACAACCUAAAGAGGAGAAAGAGCCCACAGAAGUGAUAUCAAAUUCUGGUGGUGGCCGCCGAAGAGGCAAGCGACGGGUCAUGAAAAAGAAGCGAAUAUUGGAUGACCAAGGCUAUAUGGUAACUAUCCAAGAGGCUGCGUGGGAAUCUUUCUCAGAAGAUGAAGCUCCCCCACCAGCAGCCACAAAACCGACGCCUGCAUCAACUCCUGCUUCAUCCACUCAGAAGUCAAAAAAGGCAGCAGCUGGAAAGAGUGGAAGUGGAAGUCAAGGCAGCAUCAUGUCAUUCUUUGCUAAAAAAUAG